UAUUGUGAAAGGGACGAGAGGCCGUCACAAUGCUUAGUCAUGGUGAGUUACAGCUUGUCCCCCUCCCUCCUCUGAGGCGCACAGCUCGACAGUCGGCAGGCGGUAAUGGAGGAUUCGAGGCAGACUGCUUGACAGCUGAGCCACUGGCUUCCAAGUAAACACAGCAGUGCAAACGAAUUCCUGAGCCUGGAAACUUCAAGGAAGACGUCUCUGAAGAAAGCCACCAAACAUUCCCCUCUUUCCACUGCGAGCGCUGAUAUAAUAGUUACCUCUUUAAAAUGAAGAUGUAAAUCAGCCUUCAUAUUUUUUCUAAAGAGUAAUCAAUAUGCAGGAUAGACUCGCCCCAGUGGUGAAUCUCACACAUUAAUUCACAUUCAUCUUCAGAUAUGUUAAUUUUUUUACUUGAAGGAUAUCUGAGCAAUUAAACCGAAAAAUAGGCGACUAAAACCCCCCAAAAUAUGUUUCACUAAGAUACACAUACUGAAUAUAGACUGGUUUUAUUGUGAGGGUUGAUUGGCAAGUUUCUGUCCCCAUCCCCAUGAGCUUAAAGGAAAUCACUAAAAGAGAUUCCUUUCAUUCUUCUUCUACUUGUUCAGUUAUCACUGUCACAAAAAUAUUCAGUGCCGCCAGUAACGUCAGACAAAACCCAGCGGAAUUUUGAACUCCGACGUUAUGGUGAUGUUGGGACAACAACGUGUUACAGUGCACUCAGCCUUGACUGGCAGCUCACAUAGGAGACUAGUUAUGCCAUAAUGAGGACUAUGGCUGAACAGAUCAACUGAACCCUCAUGUCUAAAUCAAUCUGAUUUAAAGGUGAACUCUUCCACACAGAAAAAAUCAGGCGAACCCAGGAGAGCCUUUCUUUUAAUUUACCCAUGCCUGCGUGUGGUGCAAGGAUGCCCCAUAACUGUGUCUGCUGUUCCUGAGAGAGACCGAGGAGGAGGAGAAAGGGUAGGAAAUGACAGAGUGCCUGACAGAAUGCAAAGCGCUGGUGACUCCGUCCACGCGCAACGGCCACCGCGUCUUCAGCUACACGCUAGAGAGCCACACGGCGGCCGCCUUCGCCAUCAUGAACGAGCUGCGUCUGGAGCGACAGCUGUGCGACGUCACGCUGCGUGUGCGCUACAAAGAUCUGGAGGCCGUUGACUUCGAGGCUCACAAGGUGGUGCUGUCCUCCUCGUCUCCGGUCUUCAGGGCCAUGUUCACCAACGGCCUGAAGGAGUGCGGUAUGGAGUUGGUACCAAUAGAAGGGAUUCACCCAAGGGUUAUGGACAGACUGAUAGAGUUUGCCUACACAGCCAGCAUCUCUGUGGGAGAGAAGUGUGUGAUCCACGUGAUGAAUGGAGCCGUCAUGUACCAGAUCGACAGCGUGGUCAAGGCCUGUUGCGACUUCUUGGUCCAGCAGCUCGACCCCAGCAACGCCAUCGGCAUCGCCAGCUUUGCUGAACAGAUUGGCUGCACAGAGCUUUACCAGAAGGCCAGAGAGUACAUCUACAUGAACUUCAGCCAGGUGGCGACCCAGGAGGAGUUCUUCAAUUUGUCUCACUGUCAGCUGGUCACCCUCAUCAGCCGUGAUGAGCUGAACGUGCGCUGCGAGUCUGAAGUCUUCCAGGCAUGUGUAGCCUGGGUGCGCUACGACCGGGAGAACCGGCGACCAUAUGUCCAGGCCUUACUCCAGGCUGUCCGCUGCCAUUCCCUCACCCCCAACUUCCUGCAGGCCCAGCUCCAGUCUCUGGAUUGGGACCCCCAGUGUAAAGACUACCUGGCCCAGAUCUUCCAGGACCUCACCCUCCACAAGCCCACCAAAGUCAUUUCUUGCAGAACUCCCAAGGUGCCGCAGCUCAUCUACACAGCUGGAGGCUAUUUCCGUCAGUCUCUCAGCUACCUGGAGGCCUACAAUCCCUGUACAGGAAGCUGGCUGAGGCUCGCUGACCUGCAGGUGCCCCGAAGUGGCCUGGCCGCCUGUGUGAUCAGUGGGCUUUUCUACGCUGUGGGUGGAAGAAACAACGCGCCUGAUGGCAACAUGGACUCAAAUGCAUUGGACUGCUACAAUCCCAUGAACAACUGCUGGCUGCCAUGUGCACCGAUGAGCGUGCCGAGGAACCGAAUCGGAGUUGGUGUCAUCGAUGGCAUGAUAUAUGCAGUUGGUGGAUCACAUGGGUGCAUUCAUCAUAAUAGUGUUGAAAGGUAUGAUCCAGAAAGGGACCAGUGGCAGCUGGUAGCCCCCAUGUUGACGAGGCGUAUCGGUGUGGGUGUAGCCGUCAUCAACCGGCUACUUUACGCUGUGGGGGGGUUCGACGGGAUCAGCCGGCUCAGCUCCUGUGAGUGCUACAACCCAGAGCUGGACGAGUGGAAAACCAUGGCUGCCAUGAACACUGUGCGCUCUGGGGCUGGUGUCUGUUCAAUGGGGAAUCAAAUUUCUGUGAUGGGCGGCUACGAUGGCACCAACCAGCUUAACACAGUGGAGCAAUAUGAUGUGGAAACUGACACAUGGAGCUUUGCUGCCUCCAUGAGGCACCGGCGAAGUGCUCUGGGAGUCACCGCUUUACAUGGACACAUCUAUGUUAUGGGAGGUUACGACGGCAACACUUUCCUGGACAGCGUGGAGUGUUACGACCCAGAGAAUGACACGUGGUCAGAGGUGACGCACAUGACGUCAGGGCGGAGUGGUGUGGGCGUGGCCAUUACCAUGGAGCCGUGCCAGAAAGAAGUGCCGUCAUGUCUGGGGUCUGAGAGGGAGAACGGUGCUGCUUCACCUACCUAUCAGUCAGCCAACUCCAGUUUUGGUGUUCACCACAGUCAGCGGCACAACGGGCCGUUCGGCAAAGGCACUGAAGCUCAUCGCUAGGCCCUGUCACACAUGCACAUUUACAAACAAGCACCCUGAAACCUAACACUGUCUUCCCGAAUCAAAAUAAGGUUUCUCACAACUGAUUAGAGACAGAGGUGAGCUGAAACUUCUGAAUGCUACCUCACUGGUUGUAGAUAUCACACUUGACAACUUUUCAAAGUACAAUGUUGAUAAGGUGACAAAAAAAAGAAUGUCUGUUGAGUAUCUCCGUUGGACCGUCGGAACCAUGUCCGACUCCUGGUUUUUCAGACAAGUUUCCAAGAUGUGACGUUUGAUUCAUUUGUUUGUGGUCAAUUGUGUUUUCGCCAAAUCUGACUUGGACCUCAGUCAGUAUGCGUGUUAGUAUUUAGCUUUUGUAGACCUCAGUCGGACCAUCAUCUCCCAGGUUUGAGCCACGGGAGGAAAGGGCUGCAGACUACAAAGGGCAGUUAAUUGGCUCAUGAAGUCAUCAGGGGAAAGGUUGGUAAUGUUUAAUCAGAGGGGAGGAAAGAAAUUUAAAUGAUCCCAUUAGGUAAUAUAUAAGCAUUUGUCCGUCAGUAUGGGCAGUAGAGUUCAAAGUGCCAUUACAAUUCCUGUGGGCAAUACUGUCAUCAGUAUUUUGUCUAAAGGUGCUUGUGUUGGAAAGGCACAGUCACUGUGUGGUUUGUCGACAUAAACAGUCACAAAAUUGCACUUAUACCAGACACAAGGCCUCAUGCAAGAGCUUUUUUGAUAUUUUAGUUUACUUCAAGUUUUAUCAAACUCUUCACUGCACAACUUUUCAUAAUUAUUUAAUUUAAACCUGAUUCAUGCCACCUCUUCAUGAGGAGGAACAGAUUUGUGAGGAAACUUCUUCUGCCUUUCCGAAGCGAUUAGUAAUCGCUGCAAAAUAUGGCAGUAAAAUCUGGGUUUUUCUGGGAAACGGUGAAAAUGAUGAAAAACGCCCCAUCUUGCAAUGUUAAAGAGUGAAAUUCCUGAAUCGGCCCCAAAAUGUUUGUGUAUUCUUGCUUACAUACAAACACAUAACUUCCUGUACCUGUACAUGCCAUUUAAGAACACAUCCAAUUGAUAAUAUUAGUGGUUCUUGCAUGAGGCCUCAAAUUUAAGUGUCCGGACAGGAGAAGCAGCACUUUACAGUAACUGCAUAGGAACCAACAUGCCCUCUGAUUAAAAGCCACUGGUAGGUUUGUAAAAUGUGAAAAUAUUUUGGGGAAAAAUGUUAGAAAAAUAUUGAGGGAAUUAUCUUUGUUUGGUGUAAUUGGUUUGUGGCGUGCCAAGAAAAUGGAGAAAUGGGAUUUUGACUGUUUAGGGGAAACAAAAUAUUGUAGCAUCGAAAAAACUUGGAUUAAAUAAUCUAACUGAAUGUGUUUUCUAAAAACACUUAUUACCGACAGACUUGUUACCUGUCUCUACAGUCGACCCUUUGGUUUUCACAUCCACCAGACCUCAGAAACAGAAGUGACCAUGUUGGUGCAUUAGUGUUCAAUUAUUGUACGCUAAUGACAACAACUUACUUAAAGAAGUGUAUUUGUAACAGCAAUUUAAGCUGCAAAGGUUUUUAAGUGAUAUUUUGUACAUUGAUACUCUUAAGAAGUCUUGUACAGAAUUUGAGUUCACUUUUUUUAUUUAUUUGUUCCGAUUCUUUGGGUUUUCUCAUUCCUCUAAACUGACAUCAGCUUUGUAUUGAAUCGGACCCCGGUGUUGUGUUUUUUAAACAACUAGCAUGCAUUGUAACUGAGUAGGAAUGCCUGUCAAUGCUAAUUUUGAAUGUUUGUAAAAAAAAAUUGCUUCACUUUAAAAGGGAUUUUGUUUCCUGUUGGUCAGUAGUUGGAAUGGAAAUUAGAAUAUUUAAGGUCUGCUUUGUACAUUUCUUUUCCAGCAAAAUGUCCUGUACAUUGUAAAGUAAAAUAUGUUUAUUGCAA